AUGUCAUCUAUAGUUAUUAAUGAAGAAGAUAUUAUUUAUGAAGAAGACUUAAAUAUGAAGUUAAAUAAUACAACGCUUGAUUUGGAGGAAGACACUGAAAUAUAUAUUAUGAAACAAAUAACCAUUAAAACUAUUCAGUAUCCUAUGGGUGAACCUUCUGGACAAAAUCUGACAACCUGUAGUUAUCUUGGUAAUGUUGCCGUAAAUAAAAAAGAUAGAACAUGUCAUGGACUUAAAAUAUGUGAAUUUGCAAGUCCAGAACUUCAGGAAAUAAAACACGAGUCUGUAGAUCCUGAUUCUGAUUUACGCCUAAAAGUGAAUGAGGAAUUAUCAAGUAAUAAUAUAGAAAAUAAUACUUUUAUUAUAUAUUUGUCAGCAAUUCAAACUGAAUGUCGCUAUAAAAAGGAUAAUAUAAAAUGCAUUGGAAGGCCUGUAUUAAAAUGUCUAAAGCGUCGUGAUGAAACAAUACCACCAUCUUAUUUUAUUGGUUGUGAUAGAUGGAAUUUCAAUGAAAAGUUUCACCAGUAUAUAAGUAUUAAAGAAAAUGUUGACCUUAAUUUACUUCAACAACUUUUAAGUGGAUUAUAUGAGGGUGAAACAGACGAAUCAGUAAAUAACUCUCAUCCUCAUUGUGCGAGAAAUACUAUUAAACGUGGAUCAAUUAUUCAAAAAUCUU